GGAAUGGAAGUGAGAGGACGUGCGGUCGAGGUUGGAGAAGAUCGGCAUGACGAGGAAGGCCAUCGACCGCGAGAAGAAAUGGGACAACUUAACGCAGCAGUUCAAGAACGUUCACAAGUUUCAGCAUUUGUCCGGCAAGGACUACUUCAAGCUUGCGUCAUUGGCCAGGAGAUCAGAGGGCUUCAACUUCGUCAUGGACCGGAGCAUGUACGACAAGAUGGAGGCGAUGACCAAGGGGGAUCACACAAUCCACCCAAAGAAUUUCGCGGACACGGGGGUGUUCGGGGGGGUUCAGAUGCCAGCAGGCGCAGGCGCGGGGGGAAAAUUCAUGGGCACUGAGGGUGGAGGGGGGCUUGUCGACGAAGAGCAGGGGUCGAUGAAAGAUUCGACAUUCAGCGUCCGGAGCACCGACGAUUCAAUGAAAAGGAAGAACAUGCGACAACAAACAUUCGAGGUCGCCGAAGUCAUGGACAAACAUGGAACACUUAUGGCAUGCACCAUGGACACAGCAAGCAAGCGACAAUGUUCCAUGAUGUUACGGCAAUGCGAAAUCCUUAAGAGCGAAGUGGAAGUGUAGAGGAAACAUUAUAUUGCGACGGAUGAGGCGAACAAAAUGAUGUGCAACGC